AUGGCCGCCAGAAACACUCUCCGCCGCGCGCUGCUCUACAUCCCGGGUUCUUCACAGCGCUUCAUCGACAAGUCACGCUCCUUAGCAGCCGACUGUGUCGCGUACGACCUCGAAGACAGCGUCACCCCGCAUAAGAAAGCUGAAGCGCGCUCGCUGGUGCGGAGAGCUCUCGAUGAGCCCGCACCAGCCAGCAUCCGCGAGCGCGCCGUGCGCAUCAACUCCGUUGACAGCGGGCUUGCAUUAGCAGACCUAACUGAAGUACUCAAAUCCCCCAACCUGUCCACAAUCGUGAUCCCAAAGGUCAACUCGGCCUCGGACCUCACGUUCGUCACAGACGUGAUACACCACACUCUGGCCCAACAAGCCACCCAGGCGCAAUCCCCACAACAGGAAAGACCCCCAAUCUCGCUCCUCGCCCUCAUCGAGUCCGCAAAAUCAAUCACAAACCUGCCCCAAAUCACCGCCGCAACUCCCUACCUGCAGGGCCUCAUCUUCGCAGCCGAAGACUUUGCCCUGGACCUCAGCCUCACGCGGACGCCCUCACUCACGGAAUUCCUCUUCGCGCGCUCUGCAAUUGCUACCGCGGCGCGGGCGGCGAAUCUGCCCUCAACGAUUGAUCUCGUCUGCACGACGUAUAAAUCGGAUAAGGGCGAUGGGUCGCCGCCUGCCGUGUUGGAGGACGAAUGUCGUGGCGGCCGGGGGCUAGGAUUCAAUGGGAAGCAGUGUAUUCAUCCUUCUCAGGUGGAGACUGUGCAGAGGAUUUAUGGGCCGGAUGUUGAGGAGGUUACGUGGGCUGUGAGGGUUGUCAUUGCGGAUGAGAAGGCUGCGAGGGCCGGGAGGGGCGCUUGGACGUUGGAUGGGAAGAUGAUUGAUGUUCCGGUUGCUGAAAAGGCCAAGUCGAUUGUUAAGAAGGCGGAGGCGUGUGACUUUGAUGUUGCGGCGCUGAAGAAGAAGUGGAGGGAUCAGGAGCCUGAGUAG